AUGGAUGCCGCUACAGCAAAACACGUCGGCGCUCGACUGCUCGGUGAGGUGGAAGAUGGCAGUCUCGAAGAGCUCCUGGGCGAACUCCGUGCCAACCUGACCAACACUUCUUCCCACCAUCGCAGCCCCGAGCUUCCCUUACCGGGUCUGACAACUGUCGCAAGUCGGUAUCAGAAAGCAACCCAGUCGGCACCGCCGCCCCUUCUGUCGGUCAGCGGACGAUACCUACCCCUGCUGUACCACCUGGUGUCCACUCUGAUAGCAGCACCGCAUAGCUACACUGUAGUUCUCGUUGAUGUCGAGUCGAGGUUCGACGUGACCCGCCUCAUUCACCCGUCAAGUAACUACUCGGCCGCAUAUUCCGACCUCAAGCACCUCUAUGUCUACCGCCCAGCCCGCGGCCAGGAGCAGGCGGCCAUCGCUGCCGCCGAGGGUUUUAUGCUGUACGGGGCCCACGGGAGCCGCGACCGGGAGUGGUGGGGCACGGUGGUGGUCGGCGGGACCGGUGGCGACGUGAAUGCCGGGUGGAAGGGCUGGUUGAGGGUCGAGAAGGAGGAGGUCGGUGGGUUCGCUGUGGGUGUCAGUGUGGACGAAGCUCUGAAGGACAGGGCGAGGAGGCAGGAGGUGGUUGAUGGUGCCGGCUGGGUUGCACGGUCCCAGUGGGGGAACUAUGGAUGGAAGGACGUGUAG